AUGCCGCCAAAGCAGAUCAAGGGAGAGUACAUCGAGACGGACACUGGCAACAAAGUCUCCCGAAAGUCCGUAAUCCUUGGCUCCCAAAACAUCAUUCUCGGUGGUAAGACCAUAAUCCAAGCCGACUGUACCAUCCGCGGCGAUCUUCGCCGGACAGUUGCCCCAGGCCAGCAAUCCGGGAAUGUUGCGAUUGCGGUCGGCCGUUACUGCUUCUUGUCACGAAGUAGCGUGCUACGGCCGCCGGGGAAGAUUGCUCGGGGUAUUUAUAGCUAUUACCCGAUGAAGAUUGGGGACCACGUUUUUGUUGGUGAGGGGAGUGUCGUUGAGGCGGCGCUGAUUGGAAGCUAUGUCCAUAUUUCCAAGGAUUGUGUGAUUGGAAAGUUUACGAUCAUCAAGGACUGCGUAAGAAUAGAGGAGGGGACUGUAAUAGCACCAAACUCCGUAAUACCAAGCUUUUCGGUAGUUUCUGGCAGGCCAGGCGUGGUAGUUGCCGAGCUACCUGAAACUGCAGUGGAAGGAUUGGAGCGUGCGUAA